AUGGGGAUUACUUCUCUUUCUCGAAACCUCCGUGAUUUCUCCCACCCUUACUUCUACUCUAUUUACUCAUUUGCUCCUCCUUCUCCAUUUCCCUCAUCCUCGCCUUCCAAGCAUUUUGGCCGUUUUAUUCGAUUUUAUACCGCACCGACAUCCCAUUCUGCUGCUCGUUCUCCCUUACUCUGCAAUUCGACUUCCCAAUCUGUGCCUUCAUUGUGUUUGUUAGAGAGAUGCAAUGGCGUAGCCAAGGAUUUGAAUCUUGGAUUGUUUCGUCCCCACUACAGAAGCUGCCGCCGUUCUUUUUCCUCCGAUUCGUUUGAGAAGCCCCAGUUUGGAACUGGUGAAUUGAAUGUGUUUAAACCGAAUGUGACGUCCAAUCAAUUUUGGGAUAUUAUAAAUAUCAUUCGGGAAAAUCAGGAGGAUUUGGAGUCCAAGUUGGAUUCGUUGAAUGUAAGUUUCACCAACGCUUUAGUUGCUCAGAUUUUUCGGGUGCUGAAUAAUCAUAAGGUUUCUGCCUUUCGUUUUUUCAACUGGGUUAGAGUUCAGUCCUGUAAAUUUCCUUGUAACUCUGAUAUUUAUAGUCUACUUAUUGAUAAUUUUGGUAGAUUAGAUGAUUAUGAGGGGAUUCUUCCUGUUCUGAACGAAUUCAGGCAGAAAGGAGUUGGUCUAAACCACAAAGCAUUUGAGUUUUUACAUGUUCAUCUAUCAGAUGAAGAUUCAAUUAAGAUUUCUGUUGAAAGACUGGUCAAGUUGUUGAAUGAAGUAGGAGGAUCCUGUCGAAUUUCCGGGGUCAUGGCAUUGAUUGAGAUGUUCUGUUCUCUUGGUUCUUUUGGAAUGGCAAAGUUUGUAACUGAGAUAACCGAGAAAAGAACAUCUUUCUAUAAUAUCAUCGUUCGGGAACAAUGUCGCCGAAACGAUUUCGAAGGAGCUAGAUGUACACUUGAUGAGAUGAGGCAAGCAGGGUGUAGCCCAGAUGUGGGCAUUCUCAAUUAUCUGCUCAGUAGUUUGUGCAAGAAUGACAAAUUUUCUGAAGCUCAGAACCUGUUUGAAGAAAUGCUUGAACGAGAUUGCCCUCCAAACUCAUUGACAUUUGAAGUAAUUAUCUGUCAUCUCUGUGAAAUUGGUAAUAUAGAAUCAGCACUCAACUUUCUUGACAUGAUGGUGUCAAGGGGUCUCGAGCCUCGCCUUUCGACGCACGCUGCCUUCGUGAAAAGCUACUUCAAUUCACAGAGAUACGAGGAGGCGUAUUGGUAUACAAUCGAUUCGAGCUUGAAACAUGGGAUGGCACAAAAUGCAACAUAUAGCUUGCUUGCAACACUUCAUGAGAAGAGAGGAAACUUAGUUGAUGCUCAAAAGGUUCUUUGUGAGUUGAUAGAUGCAGGUCUAAGACCGAACUUUCCAGUGUAUAUGAGAGUUUUGAAGAAGCUUCAGGUUCAAGGCAGGGAAGAUUUGGCGAAUGAUUUGAAGGGAAAAUUCUCUAACGUAAGUAUGCAAAGGGACAUUCAAACUGGAUAA